UUAUUGUUUCCUGUUUAUUGUUGUUUCAUGCACACACAUCACAGACUCGCAGGUCGUGCACAACUUGUGGAUGGGGGAGCUGCUGUGGAAACGUCAGCGCGGGUUUGUGUGGAGCGGCUGCAGCGUGACAUUGCAGAGCCUGUCUGUGUCUGCCCGUUCACGCCACCUGACAGGAGUGAGAGGGCGGGAGGAGGACGCAUCACGGAUCCACAGGUAUUCGUUCGACUGCAAAUUCUGAAUGAAAAAGCGGAUUUUUUUGCCUGAAAUUUGAGCAUUUUGCAUGAAAAGUCUCGCGCUCUUUGUCUCCAAACGUCUUCGCUGUGACUGCAUGCGUGCUGUUUCAAACGUGACAUCACGUCAAGGAAUACACGGCAGCCCCUGUGAUAACCUUGAGCCCGCGCCGCGCAGGACACAACAGGUUCGUUACGCACGCAAACUCUCUCAGAAUCCCGCAUCUCUGCGGUGUUCCCGGAGAUCUGUGCCCCUCUCGCAUUCAGCAUGUGCGCGUGUUUGUUUCCCCCUCCGUGACGGAGCGUGCACACACACACGUCAGCUCGGGGAGGGCAAAGUCUGCUUAAAAUGCUGCGAGUGUGACGGCUGAAUCCAGAGCACAGCGCCGCGCGGACGGACAGGUGAGCGCGGGGGGCGCAGAAGGACACGCGGAGGCUCGGCGGAGGAUCAGAGAGCCCCGAGGAGCGCGCGGGGAUCAUGACGGUGGUGCCCGCGGAGAACCUGGACGAGACCGUAGCGCUGGCCGCUCUGUCGGCACAGGACGCGUGCGAGCCGGAGCGCGCGGACAGCCAGGACUGCUGCGAACGCGUGGUCAUCAACAUCUCCGGGCUGCGCUUCGAGACGCAGCUGAAGACGCUCGCGCAGUUUCCCGCCACGCUGCUGGGAGACCCGCGGAAGAGGAUGCGCUUCUUCGACCCGCUGAGGAACGAGUACUUCUUCGACCGGAACCGGCCCAGCUUCGACGCCAUCCUCUACUACUACCAGUCCGGGGGCCGGCUCCGGAGACCCGUCAACGUGCCGGUGGACAUCUUCAUGGAGGAGAUCAAGUUCUACGAGCUUGGAGAGGAGGUGAUCGAGAAUUUUAAGGAUGACGAGGGCUUCAUUAAGGAGGAGGAGCGCCCGCUGCCCGAGAACGAGUUUCAGCGGCAGGUCUGGCUCCUGUUCGAGUACCCAGAGAGCUCCGGACCCGCCAGGGGCAUCGCCAUCGUCUCGGUCCUGGUCAUUCUCAUCUCCAUCGUGAUCUUCUGCAUGGAGACGUUACCGGAGUUCCGCGAGGAGGCCAGGACGUUUGACGAGCACCUGGCAGCGAACGGAACAGUGCGCGCAAAGAAACCGAACCCUUUCACGGACCCGUUCUUCAUCGUAGAGACGCUUUGCAUCAUCUGGUUUUCAUUCGAGCUGCUGGUUAGGUUCCUCGCAUGCCCCAGCAAGGCCGCCUUCUUCAAGAACAUCAUGAACACCAUCGACAUCGUGGCCAUCAUGCCCUACUUCAUCACGCUGGGACUGGAGCUCGCGGAGCACCAAGGGAACGGCCAGCAGGCCAUGUCUCUGGCCAUCCUCAGGGUCAUCCGCCUGGUACGGGUCUUCCGCAUCUUCAAACUGUCCAGACACUCCAAAGGACUGCAGAUUCUCGGGAAGACGCUGCAGGCCAGCAUGCGUGAGCUCGGACUGCUUAUCUUCUUCCUCUUCAUCGGAGUCAUCCUCUUCUCCAGCGCUGUGUACUUCGCGGAGACCGACGACCCGCACUCGGGCUUCAGCAGCAUCCCGGACGCGUUCUGGUGGGCUGUGGUCUCCAUGACGACGGUGGGCUACGGGGACAUGUGCCCGGUCACCAUUGGGGGGAAGAUCGUGGGCUCUUUGUGCGCUAUCGCCGGCGUGCUGACCAUCGCGCUGCCGGUCCCCGUCAUCGUGUCCAACUUCAACUACUUCUACCACCGGGAGACGGAGCAUGAGGAGCAGUUCCAGUACACGCACGUGACCUGCGGACAGCAACAGCCGGCUUUCGGAGAAUUCAGGAAGAGCGACAGCAGGUCGAGCCUGUCCAAGUCCGAGUUUCUGGGCAGCGAGGACGCGGACUCCAUUAAAUACACCAACUGCAGCCCGCACAAAGCCCACAGCGGCAAACUCACCGACGUCUGAGCCGCAGCAUCACGCGCCCUGCUGUGACUGCACACCGGAGAGCUCCUUUUUUCUGCCAUCCAAGACUCACGGAGAGGACCCACGUUUACCCCCGAAACCGUCUUCCAUCACGCGCGCCACGAGCGGACAAACAGAAGCUUAGAAGUGAUGAAAGAGCCAGCGGCAGCACUUUAUCCAGACAUUUGAUUAUUAACGUUUAUGUAGUGGAGCUGGUGACACACACACACACACACACACACACACACACACACACACACACACACACACACACACACACACACACACACACACCUGUUAAAGCUCGGGGUGGAUCAGAUGAUGCUUGUUGGAAAAAGCCGUUAAUCUAAAUUUAAAGUCCGUCCCUGACACCCUGUUUGAUCAGAAUGUUCGUUAUUACUAAAACAAACAACAACAAACAGAAACAAACAAUCAGGCUUCUGUGGGGAAAACUCCGAGCACGUGCUCCUUGUUAUUGCCACGCAGACUGUGUGAGCGUUAUGAAAUCAACCUCAGUUUCUCCAAUCCAACAGCACCGCUGUGUGGACGAGCCGAGGCCCUGCGUGUCUCUCUGUGGAUGCAGUUUCUAUAGCAACCUUCCAGACUUUUCUAUAUUGUCUGCCACAGGAUGAAAACACGCGGGCUGAGACCGCAUAGGCCACAAAA